AUGGGCAUCCACGGCCUCACAACAUAUCUGCGCGAGAGCAGGUCAGCGCUCGCCCAUACCAUUAGCUUCCCCAAGCAGCCCGGCCACCAGCCUCCAAAAUCCACCACCAUAGUUAUUGAUGGUUGGUCGUUCAUCUUCGAGCUCGCUAGCUUGGCCGGGCUUCAAUACAUCUACGGCGGCGAGUACGAGGCGUUCUCCCGGCUGAUCACGCAGGUCGUCACCGCCUGGAGGGCCGUCGGGCUACACGUCUGCUUCGUGUUCGACGGUGUCUACCCUGCCCUCAAGUUUCCCACUCUCGUGUCUCGCGCAAGGCAGACGACCAUCCAAGUCGGCCUCCUCUUCUUCCGCACCUCCGCACAGGCCCGCUCGACCCCGCGCUUCCUCCGCGAAAACUCGCUUCUCCCGCCGCUCUCCUUCACCGUCUGCGUCCAGACGCUGCGCGAUCUCGUCUCCUCGUCCGCAGCGCGGGCCGAGCCUCCCUGGCUCGAGGUCCACUUUGCAGACGAGGAAGGAGACCCGUACGCCGUCGCCGUCGCUGCGCGCCUGAACGCCUACGUCGUCGGGCGCGACUCGGACUUUGUCGUUCUCAACGCGGACGGCUACCAGGGGUACAUCCCCCUCGAUGAAAUGAUCUGGCUCGCGGAGCCUGCGUCUGCCGCGGCCUCGGACGCGGGGAGCGUCCUGAGCUCCACGGAUGGUGACGAUGACGUCGACCCGAGCGGCUUCAAGACCGUGCGCAAGUCCAAGACCCGCAAACGCGAGGCGGAGAACCCGCUCGUCGGGCGCGGCAUCAUCCCUCCCGCAUCCACUGCCUCAGGUGACACCACCCUCGCGCUUGUCUGCAACGUCUACUCCCCCACCGCGCUCGCGACCACUCUCCAGCUCCCCGUCUCGCUCCUCCCCCUCCUCGGCGCGCUCGUCGGGAACGACUUUACUGGCGGUGUCGACGGCGCCCCCCGCCACGCACUGCAUGCCCUCUUCUUCGAGCGGCAGCUCACCCUCCCGCAGCGCAUCACCCGUGUCGCGGGCACGCUCCGCUCCCUCCUGGACCCGGACCAGAAACGCAAGCGCAAGCGGCCGAUCGGGAGCGUCAUGGAGCUCAUCGACGCCGCGGUGCACGCGCUCCUCCUCCGCCCGCCCGACACGAUGGGCUCGGGCGAGCUUGACGCGAUCGUCGAACGCAUCGUCGAGGCGACGCUUCAGUACGCGAUCCCGCGUAGUGACGAGGAUGAUAUGGGACCAGGACCGAACGGGGCGUGGCCGUGUCCCCUGCAUGGCGCCGGAGCGUGUCGGCUCGUCGAUUUCCUCUCUCCGCCUCGGGCGGUAGCGGACGGGCUGCCAGAGCCCCCGAUCAACACCGACCGCGCGCGCGUCGGCGAGCUGUACGUGGGCGCAUACCGCCGCGGUGAGCUCUCCCCGCGCGCACUCGACGUGUUGAGCACCGGCACGGCCUGGCCACGAAUCGCACUCGAGGAUCCCGACAAGGAGAGCGUGUCAAAGAGUGUUGCACGUGCGAUCCGUCAGUGGGGCUACGCCGUACUCGAUGCGGGCGUCGGGCUGCCCGCGCCCCCAGCGGAGAGCGAGCAGGCGAGGGAAAACGGUGCGGUAGACUCGGACGACGAGCUCGUGGACGUGGUGGAAGAGAACUCGGACGACGAAGACCCGCUAUCUCCGCUCCGGGAUGCCCUCGAGCGGCUGGACAACCCUGCGGCAGACUCUGCGCGCACGUCCGCUCUGUCCCCGCUCGUGCCACCGCGCCCGAAGGUCGUCACGGAGUACGUGCGCCGCGGUACGCGCCUCGCACCUGAAGAGGUGACUGUGCCGCUCUUCAGCGACCUCCUGGAGGAGUUUUCCAUCGCUGCUCCGGAGAGCCAGCAGAAGCCGGGGACGCCCUUGCCCGUGCAGCUCUGGCCGGAGGAACUCCGCCUUACGUUCCUCCUGCGCGCGCUCGGCUCGGACACGCCUAGUGUUCGUACUCUACACGGUGCACGGCUCGUUGCCGUCCUCGCGGUGCGCUGGGUGGUUGCGCGGAUGCAUGCCCGUGCGGAUGCGAACCCCACACAGAGGGAGAAGCAAAUCGAGCGUUGGACCCGCGAGGAGGUCCGCGCGUUCCUCUCUGCGUUCUCGUGGCCGCGACCAUCCACCGCGCGCGCGAACGGAAAGACGAGAGCAUCCGAGGCAGACGACGUCCCCGGGGAGAACGACGAGCCCGAGCCCGAGCCCGUCCCCAUCGAGGAACGGAACAUCCAGCUCGUCACCCAGGUAAGCCUCGCGGGCGACGCGGUCGAGCACUUCGCGCAGCUCCUCCUGCUCGGCGGCCUCACACCCAACCCCAUGCUCUAUUUUUCCGGCCUGCGGUUCCACACCGCGUUGACGUCCCAGCCGAACGAUGUCACUAGCACCUCGGAUGACGAUGAGAUCUUGAGUAUUUGUCUUGAGGGUCUGGAGUCCGCUCUCAUGAUCAAACCAUCGAAGGCGAAGAAAAAGCGCAAGGGAGGCGCGAGUGGCGAGGCUCCAUCCACGGCGCCGCCGCUGCAACAGGGCCAGCGGCGUGGUCGCGCGCAGGCGGGGAAUAUGUACGAUGUGUUGGCGGCGAUGAGUGCGUGA